AUGCCACCCGAGCAAAUCAAUGGCUCAAGAGCUGUCAACAUUGAACAUAACCACUACCAGCAUAUCUGGCUCCAUUCUAAUUCACUUCAAGGAAGCUUGCCCCUCGAACUUUUUUGGCUUACUGACUUGAGAAGCAUUUCCCUAUACAACAACCGAGAUGUGGCUGGUUCUAUUCCCUCCAAUAUUGGGAAGCUAAGCAAGGUGGAAGCCCUUAACUUGGGAGGAACAAGCCUUUCUGGCUCACUUCCAACUGAAAUUGGCCUCUUGUCUGACUCCAUGUUCAGUAUUGCCUUAAUCAAUGCUCAAUUGGAAGGAAACCUUCCAUCAGAGCUAGGUCUCUUGCAAAACCUGCGUGAUUUGUUGGUGGAUCAAAAUAGAUUCACUGGGGUUGUUCCAACUGAGUUGGGCUAUGCAUCAAAUUUGGAAUGGAUCUACUUGGCUGAAAACUUGUUCACAGGGACACUCCCCAACUCUCUGGUGCAUCUUCCAUUGGCGCAACUCUACAUUGAAUUGAAUCAUUUCUCAGGAACCCUGCCCACAGAAAUUGGUUUGCUUAGUGACGUCAAGGAUUUUGCUGUAUACGGCAACAGCUUCACUGGAACGAUCCCAAGUCAAGUGGGUCUUAUGUCCUCUGUGGAACGUUUUGACAUUGAUGACAACUAUGUACAUUUCUGGAACUUUUCCCUGUGAGCUUUUGCUUCUCACCUGCAUGAGAGAAUUGUGGGCUUCUGUAAUGGUCUCACUGGAACCAUCUCCAGUGAGUUUGGCGGGAUUGCCAUCCUUGAACGUUUCGUAACAGCUGCAAAUGCUCUGACAGGAACCAUUCCUUCCGAGUUUGAACAACUUCAACUGCUGAACACCUUGAGUUUGGAACAUACGAACUAAAGAAUUCAACA